GAGGCUUGACAAGUGAUGAAGGCAUAGUAGCUAUAACGGGGCCCGCCUUGCCGAACGAAACAAUAGCACGCAAUCUUUUUGAUUCUUGUGAGCAUUCUCUUAAAGCGCGCUAAAAUUGUUGUAAUCUUUCGGAUUUUAGAAGAAAUAAAGUUGGAUUUGCAACGUGCACACGAUCUAUCUUGCAGAUUCAACUUUCAUUCAUCCUGUCUUCCAAAUUAUUCUCUUUCCGUUCGAUCGUCAUCCCAAGACAUUCGAUUCACUUACCUGUCAGAUCAAUCAAGAUGGUAUACACUCCAAAUCAAGCCACAAGAGAGUUUGCAAAAACGCCAACAUGGACAGGACCGCCUGUACGUGUGGGUGUGAUUGGUGGUAGUGGUUUAUACAAAUUGGAUGGAUUAGAAGUUGUACAAGAAUUAAAUCCAAUUACUCCAUGGGGACCGCCAUCAUCACCAAUCACGAUUGCAAAAACAUCUUCGGGUGUUCAUGUUGCCUUUUUGGCACGUCAUGGAAUCGGUCAUUUCAUUUCACCUUCUCAAGUUCCUUCUUUGGCAAACAUAAGUGCUUUGAAACAUAUUGGCGUUCGUGCAGUGAUUGCAUUUACGGCAGUUGGUUCUUUACGUGAAGAAGUUGCCCCGAGAGAUUUUGUCGUUCCUUCGCAAAUUAUUGAUCGUACAAAAGGCGUCAGAAGAGCAAGCUUCUUUGGUGAAGGCGAUCAAUCCGGUAUCGUUGCACAUGCUACUUUUGGUGAUCCAUUUGAUGAAACUUUGCGUCCGGUCGUGGAAGAUGUUGUACGUAAAGAAUUGUCUCAACUUGCUCCAGAAGUCAAGACACACGGAAAGAAAACUUUGGUCGCAAUGGAAGGUCCACAAUUUUCAACAAGAGCAGAAAGUUUGGCAUACAGACAAUUGGGCGGUGAUAUCAUCAAUAUGUCUGCUUUGCCCGAAGCCAAACUUGCAAGAGAAGCCGAAUUGUCCUAUACUAUCAUCGCAACCUCGACCGAUUAUGAUGCUUGGCGUGAAUCAGAAGGUGCAGUGGAUGUGGCAGAAGUGAUGAAAUCAUUGCAAGAAAACGUCAAGAACUCUCAUGCCGUUCUCAAAGCAUUAUUGGAGCCUGUUGCUAAAUUGGUAGAAGAUGAAGGUCAAGCAUAUAAGAACGCACAAAAUGGCAUGCGAUUCUCCAUUAUGACCAAGCCAGAAUUGGUAUCCAAAGAAGCAAAGGAGAGCAUCCAAUUUGUUUUGCCAUGGUACGGUCAGUGAGAGGGCGAUGAAAGCUGUAAAUGAUAUUAGAUGCG